AUGACGCGACCUCAGAUUCUGUUUCUUGAUGCGUACGACUCCUUCACCAACAACAUCGUCUCCCUUCUUACAACCCUGCUUGAUGCCGAUGUUCACGUCUUACCGAUUGAUACGCCAUUGCUAGAUCCAAAGCCGUCGUCUUCGUCAUCCAAAUCCGCCACUGACUUCCACCGGGAACUGUCGAGGUACCAUGCCGUAGUCUGCGGACCUGGGCCCGGCUCUGCCGAAAAUGAGGCGGAUGUCGGGCUCAUGAGGUGUAUCUGGGACUUAGGCGAUGAGAAGCUCCUCCCCGUCUUGGGAAUAUGCCUUGGUUUCCAGAGCCUCGUUCUCAGCUCCGGUGGGGGGGUGAGGAGGCUUCAGCGGGGGUUGCACGGGAUGGUCCGUACCAUUCAACAUGAGAAGCCACGGCCGACUUGCGCCGAGGACAUCUUUGCUGGUGUCUCUGAGUUCGAGGCGACCCUCUACCAUAGCCUGUGCGCGGACAUCGGGCAGGAUUCCAUCUCAGACGCCGAAUGGGCAAGCAGGAGAUGGGACGCGCAGGACAUGGCCCCCGAGUUGCUCCCCCUGGCCUGGGUCGACGAGGAGCGGGACAACGGUCGCGAGAGGAUCCUGAUGGCCGUCAAGCAUCGCAGCAAGCCGUUCUGGGGUCUCCAGUAUCAUCCGGAAUCAAUCUGCACGCAGACAGCAGGCCACACGGUCAUCCGCAACUGGCUCCGCGAAGCAAUGGCUUGGAACUCGAGGUCGAACAGGACCGUCUUGAGUGGAGGACGGUUCCUGGCGAGAAACGCCGUGAAGCCGAGUCUUCUUUCCGAGAUCCGGGCCGCGGCGCAAGGGGGUCACGCCCCCGUGUUGGCGUGGACGGAGAUGCCGACGUCUCUGGCGACCGUGGGGCUCGAUUGCGACUACAGCCACAAGACCAUCAGCCUUCCCGCCAAUAUCAAGGUGCCGGAUAUCGUGGAGAUCCUGAAGAGCGGAAGAACGGAGCACAUCAUCCUGGACUCAUCCAACUCGAGCAAUAUGGCAACUGGCGCCGCGGAUGUGCGGGGCAGAUUCAGCAUCAUCGCCCUGGAUGUGGAAGAGUCCCUGCGUAUCGAACAUCACGUCGGAGAUGACUUUGCCACGGCACGUAUCCCUUCAAUUCAGGGCAUGCCUGUUGACCUGAUGGAGACUAUUGCAUUCGGCCAGAAUGAGAACAUCUGGCACCUGCUUUCCAGCUUCCUCGAGAAGCGACGCAUCACAGCAACAGGGGACCUGGAAACACCGUUCCGGGGCGGUUUCAUGGGAUACCUCACUUACGAGAUGGGGCUCAGAGGAAUCGAUGUGGCGGUAGCAGAUGACCGUGGACAUCAGCGGCCUGAUUUGUGUUUCGCCUGGGUCACGAAAAGCAUCGUCGUGGACCAUGCCAGGGGCCUCUUGCACGUCCAGCACCUGCAGAAGCGAAAGCUCAACGCCGACUUCUGGAUCGACUCUGUCGUUGCAUCGCUGCAGACGUCACGCCCCUGGCAGUCGGGCAAGGCCGCUGCCAGCGACUCGGACUCUUCGACAGUGUCGACCCGUCCGGUGAUCCAGGUGCCCGACGCUGACGACUACGAGGCCAAGGUCUCUCGCUGUCAAGACUUCAUCGCGGCCGGCGAGUCGUAUGAGCUCUGCUUGACCGACCAGACGAUAAUCACGCUGCCGGGACGACCGGAGAGGGAACAAGGCCCUAACAGCGUCCAAUCCGGUGGCCAGGCGCCCUCAAAACCAGCCUACGUCGCACCGUGGAAACUCUACAAAACCCUCCGUGCCCGUCAGCCAGCGCCCUUCGGUUCCUUUAUCCACCUCGGCGGCGCGACGCUCAUCAGCAGCUCGCCCGAACGGUUCCUCGAGUACGACGCGGACGGCUUCUGCUCGAUGCGCCCGAUGAAGGGCACCGUCCGCAAGUCCAACGACGUCGCGACGCUGGCCCAGGCGGAGCGGAUUCUGCACGUGCCCAAGGAGGAGGCGGAGAACCUCAUGAUUGUGGACCUGGUCAGGCACGACCUGCACGGCGUUUGCGGGUCCGGGAACGUCGAGGUCCCGCACCUGAUGAAAGUGGAGGAGUACGCGACGGUAUUCCAGAUGAUCACCAUCGUUAACGGGCGGCUGCCGGAUCCUCACCACAACGGGACCGCGGCGGACCGGCGGCACACGGGUCUGGACGUGCUCGCGGCGAGCCUCCCGCCGGGCAGCAUGACGGGCGCGCCGAAGAAGCGGAGCUGCGAGCUCCUGCACGAGAUCGAGAGCCACCGGGAGCGGAGUCUGUACUCGGGCGUGGUGGGGUACAUGGACGUCACCGGCAAGGGCGACUGGAGCGUGACCAUUCGGACCAUGUUCCGGUGGGACGACGAGGUCGCGCCGCCGGCGGAGGGCGAGAUGGAGCCGCGGGAGGUCUGGCACAUCGGGGCCGGCGGUGCCGUGACGAUCCUGAGCACGCCCGAGGGGGAGAGGGAGGAGAUGUUCACCAAGCUGGCGGGACCCUUGGGGGUCUUUGCGGAAGCAUGA